UUGAACAUAAUAUGGGAUGCACAGCAAGUAUGGGACCAUGUGAAAGAGGUAAAAGCUGUACCUCCAAAUGCAAGGUUACCUUUGGACAAAUGGCUAAUGGCUUCUGUGACCGCAGCACUGGUGGACUUGGAGAGUGUGUUUGUACUUACCCUUGUUCGCCUCGUUAAACCCAUUUGUGAUUUGUACUAA